UUCGUCCGGGGGCAGCGGGCGGCCCCGACCCCGCGGGCACCUCGCCUACCCGGCUGCAGCGGAGCGGGCGGACGGGCGAGAGGGCGAGCGGCCCGGCCGGCAGGGUCUGCAGAACGCCCAGCGUCCCAUGGAUAUAGCAACAGGUCCCGAGUCGCUGGAGAGGUGCUUCCCUCGCGGGCAGACGGACUGCGCCAAGAUGUUGGACGGCAUCAAGAUGGAGGAGCACACCCUGCGCCCCGGGCCCGCCACCCUGGGGGUGCUGCUGGGCUCCGACUGCCCGCAUCCUGCCGUCUGCGAGGGCUGCCAGCGGCCCAUCUCCGACCGCUUCCUGAUGCGAGUCAACGAGUCGUCCUGGCACGAGGAGUGUUUGCAGUGCGCGGCAUGUCAGCAAGCCCUCACCACCAGCUGCUACUUCCGGGAUCGGAAACUAUACUGCAAACAAGACUACCAACAGCUCUUCGCGGCGAAAUGCAGCGGCUGCAUGGAGAAGAUCGCGCCUACGGAGUUCGUGAUGCGGGCGCUCGAGUGCGUGUACCACCUGGGCUGCUUCUGCUGCUGUGUGUGUGAGAGGCAGCUGCGCAAGGGUGAUGAGUUCGUGCUCAAGGAGGGCCAGCUGCUGUGCAAGGGCGACUACGAGAAGGAGAAGGAUCUUCUCAGCUCCGUGAGCCCUGACGAGUCUGACUCCGUGAAGAGUGAGGACGAAGACGGAGACAUGAAGCCGGCAAAGGGGCAGGGCAGCCAGAGUAAGGGCGGUGGGGACGACGGGAAGGACCCGAGAAGGCCCAAACGGCCCCGGACCAUCCUCACCACGCAGCAGCGGAGAGCCUUCAAGGCUUCUUUUGAGGUCUCCUCCAAGCCCUGUCGGAAGGUCCGGGAAACGCUGGCAGCAGAGACGGGCCUCAGCGUGCGUGUGGUCCAGGUCUGGUUUCAGAACCAAAGAGCAAAGAUGAAGAAGCUGGCUCGGCGGCACCAGCAGCAGCAGGAGCAGCAGAACUCCCAGCGGCUGGGCCAAGAGGUCCUGUCAAGCCGCAUGGAGGGCAUGAUGGCUUCCUACACGCCGCUGGCCCCUCCGCAGCAGCAGAUCGUGGCCAUGGAGCAGAGCCCCUACGGAAGCAGCGACCCCUUCCAGCAGGGCCUCACGCCACCCCAAAUGCCAGGUGACCACAUGAACCCCUAUGGGAACGACUCCAUCUUCCACGAUAUCGAUAGUGAUACCUCCCUCACCAGCCUCAGCGACUGCUUCCUCGGCUCCUCUGACGUGGGCUCCCUGCAGGCCCGCGUGGGGAACCCCAUCGACCGGCUCUACUCCAUGCAGAGCUCCUACUUUGCCUCCUGAGAGCCAGCUGGGCCGCAUGGACGCUUGGGCCUGGGCCUAGGGUGGGACCACAGGCCUCUGCAGCCAGCCGGCCCCCCAGCCCACCACCCACUCAGACUCUACAGACAGCCAUACGGUGCCCUCCCCUCGGCCAGCCGGACCUGGCUCAAGUGCCCACUGGGCACAGCCAGACAGGCAGAUGGGUGCAGCCUGGGCAGGGGUUGUGUCCUGCCCACAGAGACCGUGUGACUCCUGGGGACCCAGAGCUCUGGGACAGCCACUCACCUCCCAGCUCUUUGACCCCAUCACCUCCUCUCCCCUCCCCAUCUCUGUUUUUUGGGAAGUUUAUAUUUGUUCUGCUUUUUUUCUUUAAACAGUCUCUGUAUUCCCAGCCAGCCUCCAUCGUCCCUGCAAGGCCAGCCCUGGGACGGUGCCUGGUACCCGAGAAACAGUUAUACGGGUGUCCUGCGCAGGUGACCACUUCCCCUUCUGGUCAGCGCAAGGGAUGGUUUCUGGGUCCUAGGAGGCCCAGCCCUAGGUUGGGGGCAGAGUAGAGGAGGAACCAAGCAGGGGUGACAGGCUCUUUGUCCCUGCCUGAACUAGGAGUCACAAGCAAGAGGAGGCAUGGGGGCAGAGCCCAGAGAGACCCAAAGGGACAGAGAUGCACAUGUAAAAGCACACGCAUCUGCGGGCACACCUGUGCAAGCAUGUGGAGGCACCCGGGUGCACACACACACGGGCGUGGAAGGGGCGGGCAGACGCUCUGCAGUCUAGGGGCAGCGAGGCCAGUGGGCAGGGCCGGCCUCUGAGAACAGCUGGAGAGAGAGGAAGGAGGGAGGCUUUGGGUGUGAGCAGGUGGGCCUAGGUGCAUCCAGGCUGUACAGGUCAGGACUAUGGAGCAGGAGGGCAGUCACAGACCCAGGUCCCAGUCCAGAGACGGAGCCCACAGACGCAGGUAGUAUCAGGCCACAGUAAAUGACCCAGAUGGAAAGGGCCCCAAAGCCACUGGCUUGACCCCAUCUGAUACUCACUUCCCCUGGUCCUUGUUCCUUGACAGGGCUAGCUGCCCUUUCCGUGGCCCCUCCUGACCCUCGGUCUCCUCUUAGCAGACUGAGGCUGUAGGCUGGCAGGUGUAGGACUCUGUGGCCAAGCUGGCCUCCUGACGCCAUCAAGCUGCCCUCCUGACGCCAUCUGACUCACACAGCGCAGGCCCAUCCCCUCCCCUGCGUCUGCACCUUACCUCUGAUGAUGUGGUGUGAGAUCCAGCAGGUGGGUUAGGUCUCGGCUUUGGAGGUACAGGGACAAGCCACAACUCCUCAACAUGUGGCCUGUGCCUAGUUACCUCUCGUUGGCUCAGUCAGCUUGGGCUAUUCCUUUCCACUGCGUCAGCUGGGCGAGAGGCCCGCCCUAUGGGGCUCCCUGCAGUGCCCGUGCACACUAUAUAGCCCACCAGCAUUUCAGCCUCCUGGACUCUUCCAGCCCAAAGCAGAAGCAACAGUGGGUCUUUUCUUGGCAACCUCCACUGGGCCCUGGCAGGCACUGGGUCCUGGGGCCAGAGGCCCAGGAUGCUAUCACCCAUUUAAUGCUGAGUCCUAACCCCCAACACACACACCUGGUGUCUGCCCAGCUCUAGCUGUGAACACAUAAGAAUGAGUGUCUCUCCACUUUGGGCUCCUGCGUCUGGCUAGUUAAGUUGUGUGGGUUUGUUCUCUGUCUCUGGGGAGACCUCAGACCCCCUUAACCCCACUCAAAUGUCUCAAGAUGGAGUCCGCAGGGAAUAGCGGCUGCCAGCAUAGCCCUCCCGUUUCCCUCUUUUAUAAAGAGGACAUCACUAAUCUCCAUGCUGAAGUUAUGGUCCUGAGCCAGUUGCUCCCUGGAGAUUGACCCUUCCCUGCUCUGGCACAGGCCCCUGGCUGAAUCCUACAGGGCAUACUUAGGGUGGACCCAGGGUGGAUACUGGCUCCUGGGAGACCAGGCCUUCUCUUAACCAUGUUUUAAGUUGGAAGACACAAUACCAAUGGGCUGUGUAGGUUAUCCCUUCUGUGACAGCUGGGAAAUCUGAGACAGGAGUCGGGCAGGAAUGUGCUCAAGGCCUCACAGCACGAUAAUGACAGAGCUGCAGCAGGCUUGUUAUCUCCUUUGUCUCUUGAGUGGCCUGCACCAGGGACCAGUGUGUCUCACCACACCUGCUGGUCCCAAAGGGUCCUCCCUUCCUGCUCUGGGGCCUCCAGACCCCCAAGUCCAGCCCUGGCCUCUGCUGUUCCCAUGCUGGUGUCCCCAGGCAGAAGAUGUUAUCAGGACACUUGAAAGUUGCCUGAGGAGGGACCGCAGCUGUCACACGGGAGAUGUCCUGGCAGCCGUUCUCAGGGUUCACCAUGGCUGUGGCCUGCUUCCCUCUGAGACUCAGGAGCACAUGCCAGCCCUGGACUGCUGCAGGGACUCGGGCUUCUGUCCUGUGAGCAGAGACAGCCUGUGCCACAGCCCUGCCCAGAUCUUGUUAGAGACCCUGCUCAGGUUGGGGAGCUGAGGCUGGGAGAAGUGGUGAGGGGCUGGGCGGCCUGGCCUGCAGCCUGAAGGGGCAGAGGGAUACGGGCGUAAGAGGCAGAAAUUGAGAGAUGGGUGGGGGUGUCUCAGAGAUGAACCACGUCCCAUCUCCUACAUGGGGAUGCGGCAUGUUGAGGCUCAGCUGGAUGAAGGCGCCUGCCCAGGUGUCACACAGGAGUGACAAGUACCCCAGCUUUACCUGUGGAUUCAUUCCAUGAGGCUCCCCCACACUCUGCUGCCCUCAGUGACUCACAAGCAGCCUGCCGUCAUGGAGGCUUCCUGGAGGGGGUUGUGGGCGGUGAGGAGCUGGCCCAGAAUGAGUAGGCCCAGUGGAGAGGCAGCCUCUCCUCCUUAAGGGACAUCCCUUUGAAGUGAGGCCAACUCCCAAGUCUACCUGGAUGUCCCCCCUGCUCAGUCAGGGAACACAGGGGGAAGAUGAACUCAGAGCUCUGGGCACCCCUAGGGCCAGGGGGAUGCUGCAGCCCAGGGCUGACCGCUGUGGGGAAGGGCCACCACACUCACACAUGUGUGCACACACACUCACACCUGACACAAGGAGGCUCGCACGCGGAGAAGCAGGAAGGACCCUUCAGCGCAAGGCCCCUGAUAGGGGCAAUUGCCAAUGGUUCCUGGGCUGCUACCUUGCCCUGGGGGCCCACUGGAGGGAGUCUGUAGCAGCUGGGCUGGGGCCAGGCCACCCAUCGUAGUAUUCUUCUGUUUACCUUGUACAGACUGCCCGCCUGCCAUCCCCACACACAUUUUAUUUAAUAACUUGUCAUUGUUAAAUUAUUUAUUAGCGUUACCACAUCACCACCCCUGCCUUCCACUCACCUGCCUCUUCCCACAAAAGCAGAAAAUGGAAACAACAAGAAAAAGAUGAGAUGUUGGUAUAUUUGUAAAUAAACAACCUGUACACGC